CAUAAAAUAUAUUUAUUUAGUUUUUAAAUUAUAAUACUGAAGAAAAUGUCUGUUACUUUACACACGGAUGUAGGUGACAUCAAAAUAGAAUUAUUUUGUGAGCAGUGUCCAAAAGCAUGUGAAAAUUUCCUGGCACUUUGUGCUAGUGAUUACUAUAAUGGUUGUCUUUUCCACAGAAAUAUAAAGGGUUUUAUAGUACAAACUGGAGAUCCUACUGGUACUGGUAAAGGCGGGACAUCAAUAUGGGGCAGGAAAUUUGAAGAUGAAUUCAAAGAAGAACUAAAGCAUAAUGCAAGAGGAAUAUUGAGUAUGGCUAAUAAUGGACCAAACACAAAUGGAAGCCAAUUCUUCUUUACAUAUGGAGAACAACCACAUUUAGAUUUAAAAUAUACCAUUUUUGGAAGGAUUAUUGACGGCUUUGAAGCACUUGAUGAUCUAGAAAGGAUGGCUGUCAAUCCAAAGACAUUUAAACCAAUAACUGAAGCAAGAAUAACAUCAGUAACUAUACAUGCAAAUCCAUUAGCAGGUUAAUAAAGCAACAAUUAUA